AUGAUGAAGGCAGAAUCGUCUGCAGCAGCCGCAGCCAUCGCGCUUUCUAGCGCCAAAGACUCGCGACGUCGUCAGUAUCGAUCCUGCGAUCGAUGCCGUGUGGGCAAACGUGCCUGCAAUGCAGAGUACGACUCGGUGGCCGAAGCUAUCAACAGCAAAGUCGCUUGCUCGAACUGUAGAAAGAAGGGCAAAACAUGUUCCUUCCAGUAUGUGCUGUCCAUCCUCGGCGGCGUUCCUAGCACGACGGGACACGGUGUCGCAGCCAGCGGCGAUGGGGCAAUCAUGCCUGAUCUGUCGACUUUUGUAGGCCAACUAAUGGUGUCCGAGUCGGUCAACAGUACUUCCCAGACCCUGACCGAUCUCGGAUCGAAUGCUGCUCAAACAGACAUGGUUGACAGCCGCUCGGCAUUUGCCGAACUCCGGCAGGCUUCGAUUCCGCGGACAGUAGCGCGGAGUGGCGUCAAGCCGAACGACCAGCCGGGUCAGUUCAUGAUCGAGGACAUGACAGUCGCAGAGGCUGCAUCAGCAUUCAAGUCUCUGACCAGCAUAUCUCCGACCUCGUCGACCACGCGGAUGUCCAGCACCAUCGACCGCAUCUUCCUCAACGACGGUCUCAUUCGCGUCUACGAAGGCGCGGCCGAGCACGCACUUAAAUGCUGGGUCACCUCUUCCAACACACCGUACAUGCUUUCCCAGUGUUCCACCUCUUCGUCAUCGUCAUCUCAGCAGCUCGUCUAUUGGCGCAUCUGCGAGCUCGACCGAGGAGCACGUACGCUCCUCUUGCAGUCUCCUUUCAGCCCUGCCAGUCGAGAAAGAGAGAUCAUGGAUGCGUUUCAUUCCGUCGUGCUAGCUUUUGCUGCGCAAUGGAGUCCACACUGGGUCUCAAACCUCACCCAACCUCAGUCGAGUUCUUCAGGGAACAAAGUCAGGCUAGCUCUGUGGGAGCGAGCGAGGGACAAGCUGCAAAAGGUCGCAAACGUCGAUUCGUUCCGAGUCAUCUUUGCCUUGAUCAUCUUUGCUUGGACGGAAAAGCCGAGACAGGUGAUGGAUUGCGUGGAGAACGGGAUCGACGUGGAUCUGAACGCGGAGAAUUGUGCGUUGGAUACAAGUGCCUGGCAGUCGCCUGCCGAGGGAAGUACUUUCCUGUUGGUGGCAGCGAUGCGAAAAUUGUUGAGCAUCAAAUUCAGGAUCGAGGGUAAGAAGAGAAGAGGUGUAUGCCCUUGGAAUGCUCCGAAUCGCAAGCUUGCAGGGGCUGCUACAUCGUCGUCUGGCGCGGCAAGUCAAGCAAGAGCACAGCAAACAGCAUCUGCUAUGGAAGUCGACGGUGAAGAGCAGAAUGCAACAACCAUGGCAGGCAAGAUCCAGGCUGACCUCGAGAGCAAGCGACCCGCCACGGCGGCACAUGGUCGCAGCAGACCUGGCUACGAUCCCACCCUUGCAACCGCCGCCGAAACGUCCCGCAUGGAAGGAACAUACCACAUGCUCUACUGGCUUUGCGUGGUCAUCGAUACGGAGACCAGCGUCCUCCGCAAAUACCCACCCGUCGUAUGCGACGAAGACAGCGAAGUCAUGUCGUCCAUACCCGGCGUUCCACCGGGCACCCUGUUCGGACGAAAAGGCAUCUGGGACGACUACAUUCUCGACAUGAGCAAGCUCAAGCAACACACCGAAUUCUCCACCUCUUGGCCCUGCAAUAUCGCCAAAGCCUCUGCGACACUCGCCUUCUCAACACCAGUCAAAGUCGUCAUGUUUCGCCAGAUCGGACGUUUGCAAAUGUCGUUCUGGCGACGCGCUUCUACGAUCUCUGUCGAGCAGCAAAUUCGCAGCGGACUAUCGAUCAUCUACCACUGGAACCAGGUGUACGGUCCACUGAUCGAUUCUUGCCGUGCUUCUCAUGGCGAGCUGCCGGCAUCGAUUCAGUCGUGGUACGUGUUGCUGGCAUUCCCGUGGUACUUAGCGGUCCUGCUGUUUGUCGAGAUGGUUCAGACGGUGGAUAUGGCUGGGGCGAGCGAUAAGCAGGCGAGGUGCGAAAGGGCGAGGUCGGGCAUCUUUCCGAGACUUCGUGAUCGUGCCUGCUCGGACCUGGCUCUGCUGAUCGCAGCCAUUCAGAGCACCUCUUUCGACCACCUCGAGCCCACGUUCGAAUACGUUCGUGAUUCAGGGGGAAAUCUGUUGUUGACAGAGCCGUGGUCGGAGAUCCUGGUGCAUAGCAUCACGGCGGUGGUCAAGACCGAAAUCAAGUUGCACGAAGGCUACUGCUCGUCGUUCAAGUGGAAGGAGUUGGAGGAAAGUCAUGAUCGCAUUGGGAAAUGCUUGUGGGCUUUGGAUCAGUUGUCGGAUCGCUCACCGUCGGCGCAUAUGGCGUAUGUGCAGUUGGAGAGGUUGACGAGAGCUACUCGGAGCGGGACUCCGGCUUUUCAGCAAAUUCCGCUGGCUAGCCCGCCUUUGCAGAGGGAAGCGUUGAGGGCGGCAGUGGCCGGCCAUGUGGGUGAUAUCGGAGGUGGACUGAGUCCGAACAGUGUUGUCGAAAGCCUCUCCGCCGGUUCCAGUUUCGAGGGUUCGAUAGGAAGCGCGGAUCGCUUCUCAAUCGGUAUCGAUGGAAGUGCUCUUGACCGGCAGCAACCCUCAAUGCAGUCUGCGUUCGACACGUACUUUGCAUUAGACGCCUCUUCUCGGGUAGAGUCGACAUCCGAAGAUAGUUCUGGCACAAGGUCCGAUGGCCCGCCUGCUCGACCCACGCACCCGUACAGCAGCAACACCGACCAAGCGAGAGAAGCGACAGACUAUCUACAGCUAUUACAGUUGCUCGAGCAGCCAAAUUGCGAACAACCGAGCGCUCUUCCACUGACGACAGGUCCGACCUCUGACAUGCUGUCGCCGCCGAACACAGCGUCGCUUUCCAUCGAACCGUUGUCCAUCCUCCAGUCACUGGCGCAACUCACAAAUCAGCCAAUGCGAGAAAUGCUCUCUCUCGGCUCGGACACAUCAUCGAGCUCGGCGGACACGGCUUUCUCGAUCAAUUCUGCCGUCGGGUUCGCCGGGGAUUGGAACGUCGAUGUCAACAGCAUCCCAGUGGUCUCGUCCGCAGCUGGAGGAAGUGAGCACAUGCCAACGGAUUCGACAUCCGCACCGACCAGCGAAAGGAGCUCCGACAGCGAUUCCGACUCUUCCGACGAUAGCAUCGCGAGGAAGAAACACAAAGCCAGCCAUCCCGCACAAUUGGACACGAUGAUGAGCUUUGCCUGCGAUCAACAGCCGGAUUCAUUCAACCUCUACCCCACCUCUUUGACGGGUUCCGCACCGCUGGAACAUAAAUUCAUAUCCGUUCCACUGCAGGCGCCUGCCUUGUUCAACCGCAAGCACGAUGAUCUUUACACGGACGAGGACGAUGAUGAUCUGGUCACCUACAGAGCGACGUUAGCGAAACGGAAGCGCUCCCAAAGUGACGCUUGCCUCACCGCAAGAGCGGACGGUCUCGAGUUGCUCCCAGCGACAGCUACCGCAGCCGACGAUCCUGCUUCCGCCAUCCCUCCUUGCCAAAUCCUUUCGUAA